UCCAACUCAAUUCAAAAUGGCGAAUUCUGUGAUUUCCGUGAUCUCCAAGUUUAUAGAGGAGUACGCCAGUAGCACGUCGGCUAAAUUAAAGCUAGUAGACGCAUAUUUGCUGUACAUCCUGCUUACAGGCGCUUUCCAGUUUCUUUAUUGCCUGCUGGUUGGUACGUUUCCGUUUAACAGCUUCCUGUCCGGCUUCAUCUCGUGUGUUGGGUCUUUCAUUCUUGCAGUUUGCCUGCGUAUCCAGAUCAAUCCUCAGAACAAAGCCGAGUUCUUAUCCAUCUCACCGGAACGAGCCUUCGCCGACUUCCUUUUCGCCCACACCGUGCUCCACCUAGUUGUCAUCAACUUUGUCGGUUGAGGGGGAUGCCCUUGCCAAUGUGAAUCACAUGAUUGACUGAAGAGAAGUGACCAAACCCAGUAGUCACCUUUCAUCUCUGGUGAAUGACAAUGAAGAAUGAAACACAUUAAACCUGCUCUCUUUAUACGAUUAAUACAUUAAUGCGUCGCCACAUUUCCAAAUCAUACAGUGCUACAAUGCCUUCCUAAACACAUCAUUCAGAAAAAAAAACUUAGACCUAAUUUAGUCACUGCUUAGUGGGAAGUGUAAAAGUUGGCUCUCAACUUUUUUUUCUUCUUCUUUCUUUUUGCCGAAUAGCCAUAAUCAAGCAUUCAGUAAUCAAUACUCUGUCACCUGGUUGUGGGGAAAAAAAAAACCUUUUGUACUUGUUGAUCUUUACAAAUAAAUAAUACGAAACAAAA